GAACUAGAUGGCGUUGCGUGUAGGCAACGAAGCCAGACGAUAAUUUCAAAUACUGUAUAAGUUAUUACGUGUUUCGCUUGCGUUUUUGAUUUAUUUCUAUAAAUGUAUUUAGUGUAAUUUGUAAUACGUAACUCGCUAAAUACAGUUUAGAUAAUAAAUAAUGGAGGAAUUGGUUAAUUUAGCAUCCGAAGUUCAAUUAAGUAGCGCUUAUGACGUUUCAAAUAGACAUCCGAGGUUUUCACAAUAUAAAGUUAAGAAGAAAAUGACGUCACAGAUUGAAAGAAGACAGAAGUUUUUAGAAUCUAUAAAACAACACCGAUAUGAUUACAUGAAUCAUGCAAGGAAGUUGGCUGAGAAUACAUGGUCUUCUGAAAGUGAAGAUGAUGAUGAAAUGGAUUGGAGUUCUGAAGUGAAGAAGCCAUCACAUUCUUACAAAAAUCAAUUAAUGUUGUCUGAAUGGCUUGUAGAAGUGCCAGAAGAUUUAUUAAAUAAAUGGUUGCUAGUUUUAUGUCCUGUUGGAAAACGGUCUUUAAUAAUAACUUCACAUGGAGAAACUAAAGUUUAUACAAAGAAAGGCUUUCUGCUUAAUAAAUUUUCAUCACAUCUUCCAGGUGGUAACCGUAGACAAAAAUUUAAUUCUUCAGAAUACACAAUAUUAGAUUGUAUCUAUAACAUUGAAAAUAAAACAUAUUAUAUUCUUGAUGUUAUGUGUUGGCGAGGCCAUCCUGUUUUUGAUAGUGAGACAGAAUUUAGGUUUUAUUGGUUAAAAUGUAAAACUGAUGAAGUUCCUGAAAUUCAAGUAAAAUCUAAUUUAAAUCCUUUUAGGUUCAUUCCAUUGCUUUCUUACUCCUGUUCUUAUGAUUCCAUUCACAAAGUUGUAAAUUCUCCAUUACCAUUUGAAUGCCAGCUAGAUGGUUUACUGUUUUAUCAUAAGCAAACAAUCUAUACUGGUGGUGUAACACCAUUAGUUGGGUGGCUGAAAGCAUAUAUGUUACCAGAAAUAUUGAAUAUUUCUGUACCUGAACAUUUAUGUGCAGAUAGGCCUAAAUCAUAUUCUUCAAUGAGAAAUCAUUUGUCAGUAGCUUUUGCUAAACAUGAAAAGAGAAAAGAAGAAGAAAAAUUAUUAACUGAAAUUGAGGAGGAUAUGGUCACAUAAUCUAGCAGAAAUAAAGAAAAUGAUGGCAACAAUUAAAAUUAAAUAUUCUUGUUAAAUAUUGUACAAUUUAUAAAUUAAUUUAUAACUU